AGACGGUUAUACAGCGAGUUUUGUAGCUGUUUCGUGUGGAUGUUUUCUGUAAAGAAGGAAAAGAAAAUCAAUCAACAUUUUAUCUUGAACAAGUGGCGGUUAUUUCGUAAAUUCUUAGAAAACCAAGAAAAAUCUGCAUAACAUUUGUGACGAAAGCAGUGACAGAGAGAGAGAGAAAAGGAGAGCCAUAAAUAAAGUGUGUGUGCCAGAGAAAUAGUGUGAGAGGAAAAAAAGUUAAUGACGACGUAACCGUUACGCUUAAGUGCCAAGCUGCCACAAGUUUGUUGCAUUUGGCAAUUUUUUUAGGCUCCCCUUUCCCCACCCCCUCUCCACCUAUCUUGUUUGUCUUUGUUCCCACCUGCUCCGAUGUUUUGGCCUAGUGACAACAGCUGGAGGAGACGCCUUUUGUGCUCUCUACUAUUGCAUUGUUUGAUUGCCCUACAAAAUUGCGGGCCGGCCAAUGCGUUCACCAUACUCUCGCCCUUUAGCUAUACAUCGCUCAGUUUUAAGAAUCUUCUCAAUUCUGUAUUGCUAUCGAGUAAUGCCAAUCUAGCUGGAGCUGGACGCAAUCUUAAAUCUGAUGUCUUGGAAGAUGCUUCACUCAUAACGCCAAAGUUAAUACGCAAAUAUGGUUAUCCCUCGGAAACGCAUACGAUAUAUACGAAAGAUGGCUAUAUACUGGAAAUGCAUCGUAUACCCAAGAAGGGAGCUCAACCGGUGCUCUUGAUGCAUGGCAUAUUGGAUACAUCAGCCACCUGGGUGUUAAUGGGACCCAAAUCGGGUUUGGGUUACAUGCUCUCCGAUUUGGGCUACGAUGUUUGGAUGGGCAAUUCGCGGGGUAAUCGCUAUUCGAAGAAUCAUACAAGUUUGAAUAGUGAUUAUCAGGAGUUCUGGGAUUUCACAUUCCAUGAGAUGGGCAAAUAUGAUUUACCUGCUAAUAUUGAUUAUAUAUUGAGUAAAACUGGAUAUGAGCAAUUGCAUUAUAUUGGCCACUCUCAGGGUACGGCCAUAUUUUGGGUCCUAUGCUCGGAGCAACCAGCUUAUAGUCAGAAAAUUCUCUCAAUGCAUGCCCUGGCCCCGAUUGCCUAUAUACACGAUAUGAAGAGUCCUCUGUUUCGUACUUUAGUUCUUUUCUUGGACUUUUUAACGGCUGCCACCAGAAUGCUUCGCAUCACCGAAUUUAUGCCAAAUACCAAAUUCUUAGUGGAUCAUAGUCAGGUUGUGUGCCACGAUAAUGCCAUGACUCAGGAUGUGUGUUCGAAUAUCCUGUUUUUAGUUGCCGGCUACAAUUCGGAGCAGUUGAAUAAGACCAUGUUGCCCGUAAUGCUGAGCCACACACCAUCCGGAGCGUCGAUUAAGCAGUUGGAACAUUUUGGACAAUUGAUGAAAUCGGGACAUUUUCGUAAAUUCGAUCGUGGCUAUUUGCGUAAUCAAUUGGAAUAUAAUCGCAUAACACCGCCGGACUAUGAUCUAUCACGAGUGAAGGUGCCAGUGGCACUUUACUAUUCGGUCAAUGAUCUAUUGGUCUCGACAACUGGUGUAGAUCGUUUGGCCCGUGAACUGCCAAAUGUGGUGGAUAAGUAUUUGGUGCCAAUGGAGAGAUUUAAUCAUUUGGAUUUCCUAUGGGCCAUUGAUGUCAAACCCUUGGUCUAUAAUCGUCUGGUUAGGAAUAUACGUAGAGUGGAGAAUCAUAAGGCCAAAUUGACGGCAAAUUUAGCACAAUACUUGGCCAUGCAAUUCCAAAAGCGUCAGCAAACAAUACAAAAUCAAAUACAAAAUUUACCACCAAAUGUCCAUCUGCCUCAUGGUCUAAUGAUGCUAAAUCCAACAACAGCAGCAGCAACACCAGCAACAACAACAACAACAGUUACUACUCCAGCCACGAUAGAGACAACGGGGACAACAGAGGAACGGAUUGAGGAAAGAAUUCAAGACGAAAUUGUGAAUCAAGAGGAUGAUGCUGAAGUCUUAGCCACCACUUUGAGCAGCGAUAUGAUUACUGCGUGAUGAUUGCUGAUGUCACAAAUAAAUUUCCAAUUUUCAUUUGACUGUGAUGACCAUUUUUUUUAUUAACAACAACAAACAAUUGUACGCUCUGAUCCCAACAUCCUUUUCGAUUACCCAUCAUCGGGAUGCAUCAACUCAGGCACCUCCAAAUAAUCCCAUAUCAUCAUCAUGACCUGGAACGAUUUAUCAUCAAAUUCAAUAAGCAGUUCUUUUGUUCUGUUCUAUUUUUAAAUUUUUUAUUUAUAU